AUGUCUGGUCAUCCCUCCAGCCGCCAGGAAGCGGUGUCGCCUGCGGAACCGGACUCCAUAUACCAUCUAGCCCAUGAAUGGGGUAGCGUUGAUACAGUCGGGAAUACAGAUAGCCAGACUGAUGCAGGUUUUAGCAACGCUGGUCACUGGGAUCCAUCAGCUGGAGACCUAGAUGAUAUGGAUGAUGCUGAUAUGGAUGAUGGUGACGAUGAUGACGAUGGAGAAGAAGAAGAUGGUGAUGAGGAUGAGUAUGAUGACGAAGACGACAGAUUUGAUAACGAUGAUAGUGGUGAGGACGGGCACAAUAUAGAACUUCAGUUUUCAGUCUAUCCGGCGCAAGGCGACACAACCGCGGCAACAGCAGCAGGGCCUGGCGGGGAAGGGCAGCCUCAAAAUCCAGAGCGUGUAAGAAGUAUGGGCAGCAAUAUCUCCCUCGCAUGGAAUCUUCAAAUUUCUUUCCCUUUUGGCUUGCUGAUCGGAUUGUUGUUAGUAACCACUGCACAACUAUUCCGCCUAAUUGGGGCAACUGAGCUUCAUCGUAUUCUACAAGGCCAUGGAGUCCUGCGCUCGCGAUCAAACGAAAAUGGCCAAGGUUAUGAUAUUUAUGGCGUACAGGCAACCCGUCGCACCAGAAGGACAGGACCUAGUAGAUAUCCGAAACCUCCAAGCCAGACGGGCAGAGAGCUCAUGAUUUCCGGAGACUAUGGCAGUAAUCCUUACUAUGUCGACAGACUGAAGGGCCGGAAGAAGAAGCUGGCAACAAGUCUGAUGUAUAGAGAGCUCGGGGCAGGGCCCCGAGGGACCGAAAUUAGAUCUUCUCGUGAACUAUCCCAGCGCCUAAUUCCUGGCACAGCUGCUGAUACCAUCAUACACUAUGAGAAUCCGUGUUACUCGGGUCAGUUCUCUGAUGAUGGUAAUUUUUUCUUCGUGACUUCUCAAGAUUUCAAUGUUCGGAUGUAUGAUACCUCCAACCCAUAUAUCUGGAAACAUUACAAAACAGUGGAAUACCCCAUCGGCCAGUGGACGAUAACAGAUGCAACUCUGAGCCCAGACAACAAAUCUUUGGCAUACAGCUCCAUAAGAAACAUCGUUUGCCUGGCCGGAACAGAUCCUGCUUCAUCGACAGACCCUAUUCUUUUGAGUUUUGAACAUGGGCCACAGGGUGCCGCGUUCAACUCGAUGUUUGGAACCCGCUUUGGGAUAUGGUCGGUCCGUUUCUCUGGUGACGGCCGCGAGAUAGUAGCUGGAACUUCUGGCAACUCUGUCCUUGUUUACGACUUAGAAACGCAGCGGACAAUACUCCAGCUACGCAAACAUUCAGACGACGUCAAUGCUGUUUGCUACGGAGAUAAAAUGUCACCCCACAUCCUCUACUCAGGUUCCGACGAUUCUACCAUUCGCGUAUGCGAUCGUCGAUCAAUGGCGGAUGGCCGAGAAGCGGGUGUUUUCGUCGGUCACACAGAAGGUAUAACAUUUGUUGACAGCAAAGGAGAUGGCCGAUAUGUACUAUCGAACAGUAAAGACCAAACCAUGAAGCUCUGGGACUUGAGGAAGAUGAUGACAACAGCUAAAUUUGAUGGGAUGAACCAUAUCAGAUAUUCAACGGGCUUUGACUAUCGAUUCAGUCCAUACUUGGAAUCAGAUUAUAUUCCUCAUCCCGAUGAUUGCUCCGUUGUCACGUUCCAUGGUCAUGGUGUACUUCGGACUUUAAUACGCUGUCACUUUUCACCCCCGGGAAGCACGGAUUCAAGAUAUGUAUACACAGGAAGCCAUGAUGGCAAGGUAUACGUGUAUAAUAUGGAUGCUACUUUGGCAAAAGUGAUCGAUGUCGGAGGAACCACUCGUCACUCCUGGUCACCUAGAGGCACACCUCGUUCCUAUGACCUGGAUCCUAAGGAGAUUAAAACUUGUGUGAGAGAUGUCAGCUGGCACCCCAACGCCCCAGUGAUAGCAGCUACCUCGUGGAAUGGCUGGGGUAUGUCGGAAGGAACAUGUACAGUUCACUCCUGGACCGACGAUGCAGAGGACGAUGAAGGGCUUCCUUCAAUGGGCUGGCAUUUGGAAUCUGAGCUUCAACUACCAGCCGGCCAGGAUUCAAUUGUUCUGGGGUCCGAAUAUGAAGACUAUUAA